AUGGACUACAGCUUAGCGGCGGUGAAGAUGCUAAUCUCCCAGCUCCGUGACGCUAAACCCACGCCUUCUCAGAACGCCACCGCCCUAGGCGGUGUUCUUUUCCAACGCGCUUGGUUACAGGGCGUUUUGGUCUCCGAUCCAGUAAUCUCCGGUGGCCGUAUGGUCUUAGAUGACGGGACAGGUCUCGUCGAGCUAAGCCUCUCCAACGACUUUGCCCUCCGUCAAUGGAAAUCAGGGAUGUACCUGAUGGUUGUUGGUGUAUACCAUAUCCGUACGGGAGAGAUGCCUCUGCUUAAGGUUCAUAAGAUGGUUGACCUGUCUGCAAGCCCAGAUCGUGAAGCCAUGUGGUAUUUAGAAGUCAUGGACGCAUACAGACUCUUCUAUCAGCCCUUGAUUCAAGAGUUCUCUUGA